GUACGAUUGAGUUGGGGUAGUAGUCCAGGACCAAACUUCUUUUCUUCUCGUCAUUCCAUCAUAUCCUUAGUUGAAGUCCUUUAUAUACCCUUUAAGAGACUAUACCUUAACAUAGCCUCCCUCCUUUCCUUUCCCGAGACAAAUCCUCGCGGGUUCUUACAAGAUGUCGUUCCUCGGUGGCGCGGAGUGCUCGACCGCGGGAAAUCCGUUGACACAAUUUACUAAGCACGUUCAAGAUGAUAAGUCCCUUCAGCGUGACAGGCUGGUUGGGCGUGGCCCUGGAAUGCAGGAGGGCAUGCGCUCGCGGGGGAUGAUGGGAGGUCAAGAUCAGAUGAUGGACGACUUCGCCCAACAGUCCGGUCAAAUACCCGGCGCUGCCCCGCAGCCGUUUGCGAUGCAGCAACUGAGACGCGAGUUAGAUCAGUUUCAAACAACCCCUCCCCGAACAGGUUCCCCCGGCUGGGCUUCGGAGUUCGACCCUGGAGAGCAGGCUCGCAUGGAGGCAGCAUUUGCUGGACCUCAAGGGCCCAUGAUGAAUAAUGGCUCCGGGUUCACGCCUGCGGAGUUUGCUCGUUUCCAGCAACAGAGCACCAUGGGCAUCCCUCAAUCGGCGAGCCCUGUCACAUCCGCCCAGUCCCCCAUGAUGGCUGGCUUCCAGCGACCCAUGGGAAUGGGAUACAUGGGGCUCGGAGGAAUGGGUAUGAUGCAGCCGGGCUAUGGACCCAUGGGCAUGCAGCAGCAGCAGCAGCAGCAGCCUCAGCAGCAGCAACCGGCAGAAGCUACCGCCCAGGAUAAAGGGAAGGGCCGUGUCGUCGAGCUUGACGAUGGGGACUGGGAGGCACAGUUUGCGGAGAUGGAGACGGCUGGUAACCAGAAACUGGACGAUGAGGCCAACGCUGCCAUGGAGGCAGAGCUGAAUGAUCUGGACAGGAAACUAGCCGAAGGAGAAACCGAUUUCAACGUCACCGAUAGUCUUCACAUCGGCGAUGCGGGAGAAUGGGAUGCAUUUGAUACCCUCAACACGCGGUUUAGGGAUCCCCAAUUAGGCGAAUACAUGUUUGAGGAAGAUAAUGUUUUCAGCUCCGUCACCAACGCUUUCGAGGAAGGUAUGAAGAUCAUGCGUGAAGGUGGUAACUUAUCCUUGGCGGCUUUGGCGUUUGAGGCCGCUGUAAAGAAGGAUCCUCAGCACGUACAAGCCUGGACAAUGCUGGGAGCCGCUCAGGCUCAGAACGAGAAGGAAAUCCCUGCUAUUCGGGCAUUGGAACAAGCUCUCAAGGUUGAUCCUAACAAUCUAGAUGCGCUUAUGGGUCUGGCUGUCUCCUAUACCAAUGAAGGAUACGACUCCACGGCCUACCGCACACUGGAGCGGUGGCUCUCUGUAAAGUAUCCUCAGAUCGUUAACCCUGACAAUUUGUCCUCCGAUGCGGACUUAGGUUUCACAGACCGUCAGAUUCUCCACGAACGUGUCACGGAUCUCUUCAUCCAGGCGGCCCAACUAUCGCCCUCGGGAGAGCAAAUGGACCCUGAUGUGCAAGUCGGUCUUGGUGUUUUGUUCUACUGCGCGGAAGAAUACGACAAGGCUGUCGACUGUUUCACCACCGCUCUAGCCAGUACCGAAUCGGGGACAUCCAACCAGAAAGAGCAACUGCAUCUACUCUGGAACCGUCUGGGGGCCACUCUGGCCAACUCCGGUCGGUCCGAAGAAGCCAUCGAGGCCUACGAACAGGCUUUGAACAUCAACCCGAAUUUUGUCCGAGCCCGGUACAACCUGGGUGUAUCAUGCAUUAACAUAGGCUGCUACCCCGAAGCCGCCCAGCAUCUUCUGGGUGCUUUGUCCAUGCACCGGGUAGUCGAGCAAGAAGGCCGGGAACGCGCCCGGGAGAUCGUCGGAGGCAACGACGGCGGCAUCAAUGACGAGCAGCUUGAACGGAUGAUCCAUAUCAGCCAGAACCAGAGCACAAACCUCUAUGACACUUUGCGCCGGGUCUUUAGCCAAAUGGGCCGACGGGAUCUGGCCGAUAUGGUGGUCGCCGGCAUGGACGUCAAUGCAUUCCGGAAAGAGUUUGAAUUUUGAGCGCGAUGAGAUACCUUGACUUUUUUUAUGAUUGAAGAAGACUGACGGGGCUCAGUCGGUUGGGGAAUCUUGACCCGACUUAAGGAGGUGGUCGCCGUCGUCGUCCAUGAUGAUUUAUUUGGAUACCCCGGCAAUUUUGAUAUAUGUGAUAAGUAUUACUGUACCUAAUCCACCAUCACUUUGCUUCAAUAUAAAAGAUGCCUUCAGACUCUCUCGUCACACAUUGCUGCCCAGGUGGUUCUCUUCUAUUUCUUGAAGAGUCUUUAGUCGUCUCUUUCAAAAAAAAAAAAUACUUUAGAAGAUUAGUGUUCAAAUAUAAUUUGCUUAGGG